GCUCUUGAUACAAUAAUCUUCGGAGCAGCAGCUGCGUGGGGGAAAACCACAGCGGAGUAGUAGGUGUGUCUCUAUCACUUUAGCACUUCUUUCAGGAAGUAGGGUAUUUUCUUUUUCUUAGGGGACUUGUUGUGAAGCGUUAUCACGUCUGCAGUCUGUUAGGAACGCGUCGAUGUUAAACUUCUCUCUUCUCUGGCUGCCAUGUCGGAUACGCUCGACCGAUCCACGAAGAUCAACCUGUUGAAGGAGCCUGUUGUGAAGAGGUUGUGUGAAGUUUUGGACAAAUCCAGCAAUAAGGGAUGGCGAAAACUUGGAGAGAUAGUCGGCAAUGACAGACGGUUAAAAGUCAGCUCAGAUGACAUGGAGAUGUGCUCUCUGAAGGUGCUGGAACUGGAGGGCAGCCCGAGCCGCAUGCUGCUGAGGCUGAUGGGAGAGCGAGGCUGCACCAUGGGUCACCUUGUUGACCACCUCCAAACUCUGGGAAACUCUGAAGCCCUGCAGUGCCUGAAACCAACUGCCCUGCAGAUCCUCAUUCAACCCCAGUCUGUGGCUCUCAUGUCUGGACACAACCUGCGUCUCAGCUGCAAUGCUGUGGGCAAAUCUCCAGUGCAGUACCAGUGGUUCAAAGGCAAGGAUGAGGUGCCAAACUGCUUCUCUCCAGACCUGGUGAUAAGUCCAGUCCAGCUGAAAGAUGCUGGCUUUUACAUCUGCAGAGUCAACUGUGGAGACACUUUUGAAUUCAGCCAGUGGGCUCAAGUGGAUGUCCUGAAUGUUACCUUGUGUUGUGGGCAGAGUUAUCAGUCCUUGGGAGGUCGGCUGAAGCUGGCGAUCCAGCCUCAGCCUCAGCGGCUUCAUGUCGGAGACAACCUUCAGCUGGAGUGUGGAGCUGUUGGGCGGCCGAUCCCUCGAUACCAGUGGCACAGAAAUGGAGUACCGAUCCCCAAUGCGUCAAAGAGAAGACUCUUGAUCCAGCAUGUGAUGCAGGAUCAGCACGGCAGGUACCGCUGUGAGAUCAGCAGCAGUACUGAGAGAAUGUGGACCAAUGAAAUUGAUGUAGUGAUAGAUGACGUGUACGCCAUCGGAGGAGGUUCCAAUGACUUUUUCCUGAACAGUCUUCCAGAGCAGCUUUACGCGACCGACAAAGUGGCCCUGCUGAUCGGUAACCUGUCUUACCAGAACCACCCGCAGCUCAAAGCUCCCAUGGUGGACGUGUAUGACCUCACCAACCUCCUGAGGCAGCUGAACUUCCAGGUGGUUUCCCUGCUGGACCUCACAGAGUCAGAGAUGAGGAACGCUGUGGAUGAGUUCCUGCUGCUGCUUCACAAAGGAGUCUAUGGUCUGCUGUACUACGCUGGUCAUGGAUAUGAGAACUACGGCAACAGUUUCAUGGUGCCGGUGGACGUGCCGAACCCGUACCGCUCAGCCAACUGUUUAUGUGUGCAGAGCAUCCUGAAACUGAUGCAGGAGAAGGAGACAGGCCUCAAUGUUUUCCUGCUGGACAUGUGCAGGAAGAGGAAUAUUCACGAUGACAGCACUCCAAAUGUUGUCCUGAGAGUUACAGCCAAUAUUGUCUUUGGAUAUGCAACGUGCCAGGAUGCUGAGGCCUUUGAGCUGAGCUCCAGUGGCUUCACCAACGGCGUGUUUGUCAAGUUUUUGAAGAAGCGUCUGCUGGACGACGAGAAGAUCACUGUGGUGCUGGACAGAGUGGCUGAGGACAUGGGUCAGUUUGACGCCACAAAGGGGAAACAGGCUCUGGAGAUCCGCAGCAGUCUGUCAGAGAGGAGAGCCCUGACUGAUCCUAUUCUACCCGGUGACAGCGCUGAUCUCGCCCACACUCUCAGCCGUCAGUGGGCAAAGGCUCACGAGCUUCCUGAGAGCAUGUGUCUAAACUUUGACUGCGGGGCUCAGAUCAAGUUGGGCUUUGCUGCAGAGUUCUCCAACGUCCUUGUCAUUUACACUCACAUCGUGAAGAAGCCUGAGGACAUGUCCUUCUGCCAGGCUCACGUCACCGACUUCUCACAGGAGCUUGAUGUGGACCCUAAAGAAAUGAACAGAGAGACUCCAGAGGAGACUGGGAUCUACUUUCUGUCCAGCAGCCUGCCGCAGCACUGCCUUUACACCAGAGUCAGCUCACUGCAGAAACUCAGGGAGGAGCUGGUGUUCACCGUUUGCCUUCAGGGCACCUUCCCUGCCAUGGACGACGAUCCCGUCCACUGGACCCAAAGUAUCAACAUCGGUAAACCGCUGAUCGCUCGACUGGACCUGCACCGCGCUGGGAGGAGGAACAGCUGUCUGCAGACCUGCCUCAUGCCCCACAGCCCUUGUCACAGCCCGUGUCACAGCCCUGGGCCUGAACACCACCUCCACCUAAACCUCCACCAUGGGUCACACCAGGCCCAGGACUACAGCCGACUGUCCCCCCAACAGCACUAUGUAGGUGCAGUGGGAGGCUGUGGGGAUUCCUUCUAUGAAAACAUCGGUUAUUCUCAUUGUGAACCUGUGUACGACUCAGCUGCUAGACUUUCAACUUCACCUGGCAGGCACAGCAUCCCCAUAGAGGCCAGUGACGACAUCAACGAGCUGCAGACUGUGUUCAUUAACAGCCUGCAGCUUCAGCAGCAGUAAGAGCGGCUGCUGGAUGUCAUCAAUAUUUCUCAGAAGAGAAGCUUUAAAGUCAAAUGUUAUAUCUGGAAUACUGCUGCUCUUUCUGCUACAUGUUGUGACUUCAUAAGCUUUUUAAAAAAUAUAUUUUAUUCUAAUUAUGUAUCAGUCACUUACCUCAACAAGCUGCACACUGACUUUUGUAGUUUUUUAAAUACAUUUUUAGAGGGAUGAAACUAUGUUUUACUGAACGGCUUCAUUACUCGCUGCAGUCAUGAUUUGUGGAGGCGUAAAUUACUGAAGAUUCUCUGACUUUAAACAACUGAACAUCCCAGCCUCUGGAUUGUAAAUGUCAACAUCAAACACGUCACAGUCCUUCAAAAAUAUUUUUACAAACCUUUUUCUAUUGAAGAGCUGGAAAUGUACCUCUUUAGCAUUUUAAGGCAUAUGUGCAUAAAUUAAACAUAUCCUGUCAGGUUUUGAUUAUCAUUA